ACGUCUCCAAAGGAGUACUCAAGCUAUCUUAUAAUUAUAAAACUAUUAUUAUCUAUAAUCCACACAUUAACCGACCUCUUCAUGAGGGCGACAUUGGACAAAUCGAACGAAUAAUUCAUUGACCCCAUUCCAUACACAACUACAGCCUAAGGUCCGACGAAGUGUGUCACAUGAUCGUUAAAUUCCACCGAUUCGUCAAUAAUAUUUUUAUUUCGUCACUUUUCAUUGAGGGUCGGUACUUUAAUCCACUUAUUCUGCGUUACGAAAUGUCAUUUUUGGGUACGUCAGCUCCGUCGGGUGCAUGAUAUUUCGGAAUUGUUGAGGGCAGUUGUUCAGUCGUGAACUGGACAGAAGGCGAAUAUGGAACUGUACUUGUUAUUUUUAACGGGUUUUAUUUUUGUCAAUGCCAAUGAAAGAAAUUUAAAUAGAUCGGAUUUAAAAUGCGUCGGUCAUCCUCACUAUAAUGUUUCACUGACUGCAUAUUUUCCUGAUUACGAGAGUGAUAAUGAAUACGAUUAUCUGGACAUGAGAGGAAAAAAACUGAGAAAUCUACAGGAUUUCAUGGACGGACGGUGUGAAUACGUGACAGCAGCUAUGGAUAUGGUGCCUGAAAUUUCAUAUGGCACUCGUCUGUGCAUUCCAGAAUUGAAUGAACAUUUCGGCCGACAAAUUCCAAUCGAGGUACGGGACUACGGAAUAGAUUUGAAGGACCAACGUUUCUCCCAAGUCGACAUCUGCGUCAGGAGCGAGAGUGACAGUUACGAUAUCGCAGUGAAUCGACCGGUUACAGUUUAUUUAUAAAUUCCCCGCUCCGACCGUCAUAAUUAAUUAUUCCUGUGUCACAUAAUUAUCGAAAGAAUAAACGAAUGCCAUCAGUUCUACGCAAUUAGAUCGCAUGCAUUAACACGACUUGGAUAAUUUUCCGUGUGAACAGGAAAGAGCUGUCGAUUUAUCCUAUAAACCAUAACUGUAUUCCGAAGUUCCCCGACAUUGUCGUAUCUUCAUCUUUACUUUAGUUUCUGACCAGGAAAGUCUGUAAUGGGAGCAAUUACCACUUUGUUUAUCGUUGCGUUGGCUCGAAAUGUCAUAAAAAGCCUUGUUUACAUUUUUAUUUUUCUAAAUAUCUUUAUCACGUGUGCUACGAGUGCUUGUUACACCGAAGCCGAUCAAUAAAAUAUUUAGAAUGAGAGAAACAAAUGGAAUUUCAUGUUCUGUGAGAAAGAAAAAAUAUUUUAUUCUGUUCACUAGUGUUUUCCACAACUGAAAUAAUUUACUUUCUAAAACUUCUUUUAUUUGAAUGAAAGUAUUACAAUUUUUCAAAAGUGACCCACGUUACAACUGAGUACUAUAUUCUAGAGAAGUAUCUUCUAGAGUGGUCAGGAUAGGAGUGAUGAUGCUCCGGGUGUUACAGGGGUACAUAUUAUUCGUCGAAAAUACUUAUCUUCUAAGGGAUGUUCUGUCCUGUACUCCAUUUAAUGAAAUUCAUUUAUAAAAUUGUAGAUAGGAGACUUCGGAUUAGAAUAUUUAUUCGAGAAAUCGUAGAUAGAGGCUAAGAGCCAUUGAAUAUUCGCUUUUUGAAAAUAUGUAAGAACUAAGGUACUUAGGUUGCUAGAUAAUAAACGCUAUUUGCUGAAAAUCAGUACCUCUUUAUACUUAGUUGCAAUACCCUUGAUUACGUAUAAAAUAGUUGAGGUGGUAACCGACAUUAGUUCUGUUUAAAAAUACAUGAGAUGGGUAAAAUAUUUUUUCAAACAAAA